UCCUAACACCAGCAGAACUCCCAACAGCUGGGUUUAAAACCCAACCCACGGAGGGGUCGGUCCAGAAGAGUCAGUCGACCCGGUACAGGUUCUGCUGAGGAACAAAACGUCUUAGUGAGCAGAAACCAAAAGAACCAGAACUGAACCCGAAGGCCACCGGGUCCAGUUAACUUGUUCAGGCCACGAAAUCACACGACUUCCUUUCCUCCAAUCACGUGGCUGCUGAGCAGAUCCGGUUGCUGUGUUUGUCCUGACCCAGACCGAUCCGAACCACUGGACCGGACCACGGAAACCACUCUUGGGUUUAGUUGUGGUGUUCUGGCUGACUGUUCACACCUGGUAUCAAAACCUUCCAGAGGCUUCUGGCCCGUUAGUUCACAUGUCAUUAAUCACUCGGAGUCAGCAGGUCACCCAGACUUGGGUUCUCAUUUUCAACCUUAGCUGACGGGUCGAGUCGGGCCGACUAAUUCAGAACCGCUACAAACGAGUGUUUAAUACUCGACCAAUCGUGUUAGCUUGCUGCGCCAGGAUGCAGCUGCUGUAAAACAGCCAUCCUUGUGAUGCGCCGACUCAACAUAAAGACAAGAUAAGCUCGUCAAACAACGGCGGUCUCGUGUGCGUCGCCGACGAGUUCAACAGCGCCUCGGUCGCAACGCUUGAGUGUGGCUGGCAAUGUAGCGGGAUACAAUAAAUCACGAGCGUCGGAGCAAACGUGUCACAAACGUGCGCUAAAGAUCAUGAACUCCCCGUCGCUACUGUUGAUGUUCGUAGGUAACGAGGAGCUUAACGAGGCGACUGCUCGUUCUCGUCGCCCACGGCGAUGUGCGUCGCCGUUGUGCUCCCGUGAAAGGAAGGUUCUACUUUGCAGAUUUUACACUGUACCCGCUUCUCUUUUAUCUUCGUAAAUGCUCCCAAACUUGCUGGCUCGCCACGAUGCCGUUUUUCUGGGGACGCGACGGCCGACUCGGGUGGCCACUACUGCACGUGUGUUCCGAGCAGAAGGCAGCAGAAGGUGCCGCAGCAGUGUUGCUACAUAGAACAAACGAUGAUGUCGAUUGUUGCACGUUUCGUUUGUUGAUGUCAUCGCGACGAAUCGACUAAUCGUGGCAGCGCUAGAGGUUUGUGGUCGGACUGAGUUGGGUUUUGACACCAGAGAGUGAAAAAACGAGUGUCUUUGUGCCAAUUGUCAAAAUAAGGCUAAAGUCUGGUCAGUGUUCAGGUGCAGGAAACACGCCGACGGUUCACGAGAUGCUGCACACACGAUGGGCAGUGGUUGCUUACCGUAAUAAGCGUGGUAAGUGCUCCCUACUGUAAAACACCCUACAGUGUUGGCACCAGAUGAGUCGAUGUAUUUACCUACUUAUAAACUUAUUCUCUGUGGCUCGUCUUCACUGGUCACCUAGAACCUUCUGGUUCUGAUCUGUAACUGGCAACAGCCACAAAAGUCUUGGACCGGGAGUGAGAAAGUAAUUUUUUGUCUAGAAAAGUGGACUGCAGCGUCCACAUUUGACAGGAUGUAAUUUUUACUUUAUUUUUUACAUAUUGCACCAUUAAAGACAUGGAAAUUCUGGCUGAGUGUUCCAUGUGAUGAUGUCGGCCAGAUCUGGAUUGUGCUGCGGGUUGAAUUUUUGGGCCCAUUGUAAACUAACCCAGACCACCCCGGCAGGUCCCCCAGGUAUUUGGGUGAGGUGAAGAGAAGCAGAAUGUUAAAUCUUGGUACCAGGUUUGAACGGGUCCAGAUGUUUCUACCAAAACAAGCCAGAUCUCCCAAGUCUCCAGGUUCUGACCAGAUGAAAUGGGAGGUUCUGGUUGAUCUCAGACCUGCGAGUAACAAAACACAUCGGUUUUAGCGUUCCCAUCAGCUGAUCAUGUAGUUAGUUGUACCUGUGGACAGGUUCUGGCUCAGUAAAAACCCACCUGCUUCUCUGUUACUUGCUUUUGGUGACGUCUGCGUGUAAGCCGCCAGAACCAGACAUGGACUUGGACCUGGUUUGGAGUUCUGUCUGCCUGGACUCAUCAGCAAGAACUGAAGCUAAAAACAUCCCAUGGAGAAUCGAUGAGAAACCGGUGAAGAUCGACAAAUGGGAUGGAGCAGCAGUGAAAAAUUCCUUGGAUGAUGCUGCUAAGAAGGUGUUGCUGGAGAAGUACGGAUACCUGGAGACCUUCUGCCUGGUGGAUGGGCGGCUGCUCAUCUGUACGGUUUCCUGUCUGUUUGCAAUGCUGGCGCUGGUCUGGGACUACAUGUACCCAUUUCCUGAGUCCAGACCGGUCCUGGCCAGCUGCGUCAUCUCAUAUUUCAUCAUGAUGGGCAUCCUGACCCUCUACACAUCCUACAAGGAAAAGAACAUCUUCCUGGUUGCCCUGCAGAAAGAUCCAGCUGGGAUGGACCCAGACCACAUCUGGCAGCUAUCAUCCUCUCUCAAACGGUUUGAUGACCAGUAUACCCUCAGAAUCAGCUUCACGGAUGGGAAGACGAAGAACUCACGAGAUGCAGAGUUCACGCGGUCCGUCUCGGCGUUCUUCGAUGACAACGGUACUCUGGUGAUGGACCAGUUUGAGAAAAGUGUCUCCAAACUGCACGACACAUUGGCCGUGGAAAAGAAGACCAAAUAAGCCGAGUUGGACCCUCCUCCUUCUGGGCUCCUCUUUGGUUUCAGUUUGAUCCUAAACAUCUAAACUGGUUUCUUCAGCUGGAGGAAGCCAGAACCAUUCAGCAAAACCAGUUGCUCGUACUCUUCGCCCUGAUCUAGCCUCUCCUCAGGGUGAAACUGGGUCAACCGCCACUUAAACAAUAAAUCUGAUAAAAUCCUGUGCAACAUAAA